CCGGUUCGUCGGAAAACACUUCACAUGUGCCUAAAACAUAUAUGGACCUGAAGGAAUCUCAGUAUAAUGAGAUUGGUGAAAAUGUAUAUGACAAAAUUGAAACGGAACUUCCUUUGGAAAACAAAAACGUUUAUGAACAAUUGGUAGCUGAUAUUUCACUAAAUGAAAUUGGAUUUGUUAUAAUUGACAAGGGAAAGGACAACGCUGAUGGAUUUAAAAAAGAACUUGCUUCCCUUACUCGUGAUGAACAAUUUCCAUGCGACACAGGAAAGCUGUCUGUGAAUUCUGAAAAGAACAGAUUUCAUUCUUCUCUUCCAUACGAUCACUCAAGAGUUAUACUCAGACGGAAUGUAGGAACAAGUGAUGAUUAUAUCAACGCUAAUUACAUUAGUGGCGCCGAGCGGAAAAAUGAGUACAUUGCUACACAAGGACCCUUGAAAACAACAAUAGUCGAGUUUUGGGAGAUGGUGUGUCAGGAUCAAAUACAGCAGAUAAUUAUGUUGACAAACCUUACAGAACAAGGAAAGGUAAAAUGUUGCCAGUACUGGCCAAUGGAUGGCAUGACAGAUAUUUAUGGAACAGUUUCUGUCAAAUCUAUUGAAGAAAAAUCGUUUGCUUCCUUUACAAAGAGGAAAUUAGAAGUAUCUCAGAGAGGGAUAAAAACAUAUGAGCUGACACAAUAUCACUUUACCACGUGGCCUGAUCACGGGACUCCAGAUCCACUGUGUUUAGUCAUAUUCCAUCACCACGUAAUGCAUGAAAACAUCAAUAAUGGAACAUCGCCUAUUUUAGUUCAUUGCAGCACAGGAACUGGUCGAACUGGCGCAUUCAUCGCUCUGGACUAUCUGUACAAAACCGGGAAAAUAUCUGGUAGAGUUAAUGUUGCAGAGUAUGUAAAGACGAUGAGGAAAAACAGAAUGAACAUGAUAGAAAAUUAUAGACAGUAUCAAGCGGUCUUUCUUGCUUUACACGAAGCCUUUAAAGCUGAACCUGUAUUGCAAACAAAAGAGGAAUUCUUAGAUACGGUUUCACCAAUGCUGAAGAAGGCGACUACAACAUCUUCUUAUUUUAAAAGGGAAUUCGAGCUUUUAAAGAGGAUAUGCCAAGUGUACGCCGAUGAAGACUCUAAACAAGGUAAGUCAAUGCAGGAUGCAGUUUUACCCCUGGACAAACACAAACUUUAUCGACCAUCAAACGUUCCUAGAAGAGGGAGUUUUGUAAAAGCUGUAGUUGCGUCAACACAUACAGUGGAGAAUGGUUUCAUAAUAACACAGUAUCCGCCACUAGAAAAAGCUGUUGAUUUUCUUCGACUUUUAAUAGACCAUGAGUGUAGUACAAUCAUUUGCCUUGAUCCACUACACAUACUUGAUUCGACUAAAUCUUGGAUGCCAUCACUUUCAUCUGAAAAGAUAGUGCCUCCAUACAGAGUGGUCUGCAGUUCCUGCAAAGAAACCGACCUGAAGCUAUCAACAAUAUCAAUACAGAAAGAUAAGGGACAACCUUUCAAUGUUCUGGUUGCUGAGCCAAAGUCAGUCUUGGGUUCGAGAACUCAAAACGAUACAUCAACUCUCUGUGGCUUGGCCUCAUUUGCUCUUAGUCGUCCGAGUAACACCACAAUAGCUGUUGUCAGCAGAGAUGGUGCUUCACUAUGCGGUGUCUUCUGUGCUGUGUUUAACUCCAUACAACAAAUCACUAUGGAUGACAACAUUGACGUGUUUACAACAGUUCGUCUACUAAUGAACAGAAGACCAGAGCUGUGUUCAACAGAGGAUGAGUAUAGAAUGACUUAUCAGACCAUAUACGAUUACUUACAAAGGCCGUCACAGAAUGUGUACUGUAACCAAUGAAGACCAGGUCUUGAUUCAAAUAUGAAGGUUGAAGAUGACAAUGAUGAUAAGAUUUAUACUAUUUCAGAACUAAUAUCUUUACUUUGAGUUAAUUAUAGAUACUAUUUAGACAAUGAUAUAGACUAUUCGUUGUACAAUGAUAGAACUUG